GUGAUUGUCAUGAUGGAAGGGGUUACUUUUGGGUGUUCAUUUGUUUUUAGCUGGCAUGUCAUGUUGGUGGAUAUUUUGCUUUUGGUUCUUCUUGUUCGUCUUCUUCGACGUUUGAGACGUAGUAGCAUCAUGGAACUCUGGAAGACCAGUUCUAUUGCUUUUGUCCUCUAGACAAAACUCCACCUUCAUGAGACCCGAAGAUCUCUCCUCAAUUUUUGGCGUUUGAUUGUACCUGCAAGGGGUUGCAAUCGCAAUUGGAGGGUCCAGAGUUUUUUCUUUGGAGAAGUUGUUGUUUAGAAUUUGAUGGAUGAUAGGUUCAAGACAGAAAAGGAGCUGGACAACAAAAGCAAAGGUCAAUAUUUCAUCUUCACUAUCUAAUGUGAAUUUCUGGAAUGCAUAUAUGGAAGGAAAAAUGGCUAUCUAUGAAAGACAACUGGUGAAGGAAAAUAUCGAGGGGAUUAUGUUCCGUACCAGCCAGUGUUUUCUUCAUCUUUUUAGAAAGCCCAUCUGCCAAGGACUGCAAACUUUGUCUGAGUUCUCUAUUUACCCGACAGUGCUAACUCUGUGCAAGGGCUUGCAAAUCCUAUCCGAGGUGUGGUUGUCAUCUCUUCUUCUCUUCACCUAAUAUAGCAAUCACAAGUUUCUUUUUUUCAUUGCUGCUUGGUAUUCUUUUCUUGUGCCUUUUACUUUCUUUUAGCCAGUUUGUUUUCUUAGCCUUGGCCUCAAUUUUCUGAAUUUAUUUGUAUAUUCUUACUGCCUGAUAAUUGGUGUAUACUCUAAAGCCAUUUAUGUUUUGGCUAUGUUUUGCUGACUAAUGUUCCAGAAAAUUUGGGUGGCUGUUGGUUAUUGGCUAUUGACCUCUAAUUGUAGCCUGUUUUUAAUUACUUUGAUUUAAACUGCUUCCUGUGAUGGUUGUGUGGCA